AUGCAAGGUCUGCUUGAUUCGGAAAAGUCCAUCCCAUCACUUCUAUACAAGUACAUUGAAAGUGAAAAACAGCGGCUGGACGAGCUCAAACAGUUGGCACAGCAGUACGACAAACGGAACGAGCAAGCAUUGGCCACUGGCACCGCGGAUAUCUCCAACCCAAUAAAUGCCUUCGUACUCAUCAAACAGAAGGUGAGUUCUUCUGCUCAUUUUUGGCAGUGUAGUAAGGUAAGCGGUGGCGGUGAAGUGGUAAGUGGCGCACUACACGCACGGUUAGGGGUUCGAAUCCCGGAUUGA